GCUGGCUCUAUGCUGAGCAUUCUUUAUACGAUGACUACAAAUGGGUAAUUAACUACACAUGCGCGUCGCUCCCCUUUUUACUUCAUUCAAGCGACAGGGUGUUUUCUGCGCUUUAUUUUCAAGGACCAGUACAGCAGAUGCAGAUCCUCUGCCCCCCUCAGCUCUUGUGCCACCAAUUGCCCUCAUCCACUCCCACUCCUCACGCUUUAUUCCCCAAGUUUCUGGCUCCUCGAAACCCACGGGGCCGCCGCAGCUCACUUCACAGAGCGCAAUUCGGUUUAGUACCAAGUGUCUCUGGUACAGGAAACCAACUCUGUCUAUCUGGUGCUUCAACUUCAUGUGGUAUAUUACUAGCAGCACUAGGAUGAAUCUUAGUCAUGGGAAAUCAAACACGAUAAGCAUGCUAGAAGCACGCUCUCAAGGCUGAACACAAGAUUCGCCGCAAAACCUUUCGCCACAAGACAGGUAUUCGCUCUAAUGCGAAUGACAUUUGUUGAGUUACUAUUCGGGCACAAGUUCGAGGCAAAGAGACAAAGCGAAAGAUCUUACACGAGGGCGAGGGCGUAUGCUGAGCAGGUGAAUCAGAGCACCCACACACAGCACCAAACCAAAUGCAUGUGUACCACCAAUGGGAAACAGAUUCAUCAAUCGACUUGCAAACAGAACGGGAAGAGCAUGCAGGACAAAGUGCAAAGCAUGGCAGAAU